AUGCGGAUAAAAUAUAAUUUUAAUUUAUUUUUUAUACAAAUGGCAACAAUACUGCUUUUCAUAAAUUUUGUCACACCCCAUUUAUUGGAAAAACGUACAGAAAUGACUUUGACAGAAGGGACCUCAAAACAGAAAAGAGCAUCAGAUAUUUUGUCGAUGGGACAAUACUUUCAAGAUAUAUUUUCGGAACAUUUGGCACCUCUUAAACUUGAAUUUGGUUAUGUCUGUGAGAAUCCUAUCGAAUGGGAACAAAGGUUCGAACGAAAAGAUUUUGACAACAACCGUUUUAGCGGCAAGGUGAAAUGGGGUAACAAAAAUGGAGAGUACGGCGAACAGUAUUGGGACUUGAAUCAUUAA